CACUGCUCGCAGUUCCUCAUCGCUCUGGAUCAAGAUGGCUUCGUCGUUUUGGAAAGGUGUUGUCGGCGUCGGACUGUUUGCCUUAGCUCAUGCAGCUUUCUCAGCAGCACAGCAUCGAUCAUACCUGAGACUCACAGAGAAGGAAAACGAGACACUACCAAUUGAUAUUGUAUUACAGACCUUGUUAUCGUUCGUGAUGACCUGUUAUGGUAUUGUCCACAUCGCCGGGGAGUUCAAAGACAUGGACGCCUCCUCAGAGCUCAAAAACAAAACAUUUGAUACACUGAGGAACCACCCAUCCUUUUACCUUUUCAAUCACCGGGGUCGGGUGCUAUUCCGCACGCCAGAGGAGGAGCCCUCCUCCGUACGCAACCAGCAAGCUCUUCCCAACCCCAUACGGCUACGCAAGCUGGAGCAUUUGCACUGAGACUGGCCUUUCCUGCCUGUAACAUUAUCAACAUGAGAUAAGAUUUGUUUUUGUUAGAGGAGGCAGAGUGAGCAUACACCUUCCUCUACUUUAAUUUGUAUUUGUACAUAAACUAAUAUGCUGUUCAAACUUGCAUCUCUGUCCAUAACAGUGGUCACCACCAUACUCAACACUGACUGUGCCAACCCUUCGAUUUUUCAAGCAGACUUGUUUGUAUAUACAGUAUGUGAUUGCUUUGGAGUCUUAAGAUACAGAGACAUCUGCCCUUUGUGUCCCUUCUGAACUGAACUGGGAUAAUGCUGUCCUUUGUAUAUCCUUCAUACGAGGGGCAUUUAAACUCCUGUUUCAUUUCUGUUCCAUUUCGACCACACAUCAGUCUUCAGAAAUUGUCUGGGCAGAAUUUUGUGAACUGAGAUGAGUUUUGUUUGUAUGAACUGAGGACCUUUUAUUUACUUGAUGAUUUCCUGGAAGCAUAAAGCCUCAUCUGUACUUCCUGUAUGUAUUAAAGAGGCUUGCUUUAUGCCACAGGAAAUCAAGUCGAGGUGAGAUGUGAAAGCAGAAAACGUUAGGCAGCCGUUCCACUGAUAAUGUGAACACUAAGGCGAACUAGAAAGCAAUGGUACAUUCAUUUGGGUGGAGUUUGUUUUUCCUUCAUUUUACAUUUUGUUAAGAUUCAGCAGAUGUUUUUAAUUUAAUAAAAGGCAUACUGAUUUUACAAGG